AUGAACUUCUUCGGAGCAAGAUCAAAAGGAACCGGUGUCGAUGACCUCACUUCUGGUCUUCAGGCCAUCCAGGUCGACUAUCAUGACAACGUCAACCAAAUCAUGCCAAACACCAGUCCAACAAAGUUCAACUACGCCGAAAGAAACAAAGAAAACUCCCCUUUCCCUUCUCCAACCAAGUCUAUCCAAUAUGGUCAAACAAAUACCACUGCUACUGCCCCAACAAGGUCCUUGGGUAAAGACUUUUACCAAAAGGCAAACUCACAAAAGACUAAAAGAUUGGUCAAUGUUUGCCAGAUGUACUUCUUAGACUAUUACUGUGAUAUGUUUGAUUAUGUUAUCUCUAGAAGACAAAGAUUGAACCAGACAAAAGAAGCUCUUUCAAAAGUCGCUAAUCCAAAUGAACGACAAUCUAUGUAUAAUGAUUACUUGUCGAAAGAGACGUCAUUGCUUAGACAGCGCAGACUUAAGCCAAAACAUAAAGACUUUGAGAUGAUUACCCAAGUUGGGCAAGGUGGUUAUGGUCAAGUCUAUUUGGCCAAAAAGAAGGACACUAAAGAGAUCGUCGCUUUGAAGGUCUUGAGUAAAAGAUUGUUGAUGAAGCUAGAUGAAACCAGACACGUUUUAACCGAAAGAGACAUUUUAACAAAUACCAGAUCAGAGUGGUUGGUCAAAUUAUUCUAUGCGUUUCAAGAUAGUGACAAUGUUUUUUUGGCUAUGGAGUUUGUCCCAGGUGGUGACUAUAGAACCUUAUUAAACAACACAGGAGUUUUGAUUCCACCACACGCCAGAUUCUAUAUCAGUGAAAUGUUCACCGCAGUUAAUGCUUUACAUCAAUUAGGUUAUACUCAUAGAGAUUUGAAGCCUGAGAACUUCUUGAUUGAUGCCAAGGGGCAUAUCAAGUUGACUGAUUUUGGUUUAGCUGCCGGUUCUGUUUCUACCGAUAGAAUUGAGAGUAUGAAAUCAAAAUUGGCCGCUGUUAAAGAUUUGGACUACAGUAUACCAACUGGUUCUGUGAAGGAAAGACAGAAAAUGUAUAGAUCCUUGAGGGCCAAAGACAUUCAUCUUGCGAAUUCUAUUGUCGGUUCUCCAGAUUAUAUGGCUCUUGAAGUCCUUGAAGGAAGAUCUUAUGAUUAUACUAUUGAUUAUUGGUCGUUGGGUUGUAUGCUCUUUGAAACUCUAGUUGGCUACCCACCAUUUGCAGGGGCCAAUCCAGAAGAUACCUAUACCAAUUUGAGAAGAUGGAAAGAGGCCUUGAGAAGACCUCGUUAUGAAGAUGGUAGAUAUGUCUUUUCAGAUAGAACAUGGCAAUUGAUCACAAGGUUGAUUGCUUCACCAAAAGAUAGAAUUAGAUCUUUUAAACAAGUCAUGGUCAUGCCAUAUUUUGCUGAGGUGGACUGGGAGAACCUAAGAAGUAGAAUUCCACCAUUCACCCCGCAACUAGAUGACGAAGAAGAUGCAGGCUACUUUGAUGAUUUUAGUAAUGAUGAAGAUAUGGCGAAAUAUAAGGAAGUGCUAGCCAAGAAAGCUGCCAUUGAAAGAAUGGGUGAUAAGAACAUUGAUAAUAGAUAUUUUAUUGGUUUCACAUUCAAGCAUUCUGGUUCCAAGUUUGUUGCCAACUCCAAAUCAGAUGGGUUUGGUGCUAUAAAUGCUGAUGAAGGCGAUCCAUUUACAACCUGGUAUUGA